AUGUGCCUGGUCAGCUCGGCCGAGAGUGACUCCGUCAAGGUCAACGCGGCAGAGGUGCUCAAUCGCGAGCUCUUUGAAACCAAUGUCGUGCCGCCUUUGGUGGCUUUCCUCAAGGGCGCGUGCGAGCUAGCCAGAGUCGAGGCGACCCGCGCGCUGCACAACUUGCUCAGCUGCUCUGCCGGCGACCUCCGCCCAGCGCUACUGCAAGGCGGCGCAGUCGCGCCGCUCGUGGCAGCGCUGAGCAACGGCUCGCCAUUCAAUCAAGAGGGGCUCCCAAGAUCCGCCCCGGCACCUUUGUGCGACAUUCCCGUAGGCUCGCCGCUCUUCCAGGGAGAGAGCGCCAGCAUCCUCGCCACACUCAUGCAGGACAGCCCCGAGACGCGGGUGACGGUCGCUUCGGCCGGGGCGAUCCCGCCGCUGGACCUCGCGGCGGGGGCGCUGGUCAAGAUUGCGCACCCAAUUGUCCAGUCGGGCGGGAUCCCGCCCUUGAUGGCGCUCGCCAGCGAGGGGAGCGGCGAUGCACGGGCCGCCGCCACAUCGCUUUUGCGGCUCAUCAAGAGACUGCCCCGGACGAACGAGACGCCCCUCUCCCCGACGCCCAGUGCGCGGAACGGAGUCGAGGGAGCGACGGAGGACAGCGCUGUGCAGGACGCCGCUGUCAACGCUGGCGGUGGCGGAGGCAGAAACGGCGGUGGUGGAGAGCCGGUGGCGCUGAGUGAGGUGGUGUCGGGCGUGCAGCAGAGAGUGCCGCCGCACGAGACCGGCGAGGCGGAGCGAGACGGGGUAGAGAGCCUUUCUGAGGCGGCGGGAGCGGUCGCGGGCCAGGUGUCUGCCGAGGCGCUACUCGAUCCCGUCGGAGGCGGCGCCUUUGCCACCGCCAAUGGGGACGAGCAGAGUGGGGACGCCGCGGCGGAGGGCGAUGGCAUUGGGGAGGAGUGCGCGAUGCUUGAGGCGCUGAGCGCGCGCCGCACAAGUUUGGAGGAUCUACCGGCGUGGCCUACAGAUUGCGAGAGCGGGGUCCUCUCUGACCACGCGUCAAAGGAGGACGAACAAAUGCUCCAGCGGGUGGGUGCGCUUGAGGCGCACGUGCGGCGGCUCGCCGUCGCAAACGAGCAGGCAAAGCGCCCGCCGCCGUUCUCUCUGUCCGGCCGCGCGCAGCGGCUCAUCGUGGCGCUGGGGAUGCGGGUGCAGGCAGUGUCGACCAGCAACACGGAGCUGCGCGCGCAGGUUUCCGAGCUCGCCAAUGCGAAGGCGGCGCUGAAAGACGAGAUGGCGGCGUUGGGUCAGCAGGUGGCGCGCAUCCGCGAGAUUCUGGACCUCGAGGCGGGGAGCACGAUCGUGCAGACCGUUGAUGCUGCGAACGCGAUGGCGCGCUGGAAGCAGACCUGCGUCGACGGCAUCGCUCAGGCUCGAGCAAAGCCCGCUUGGCUGAUGUUCGAAGGCGGCGGCGGAGGCUGCGCCGGCAGUGGCACGCGUGGGGGGCGUCGAGGCUACCACGACCACGACUCGGUUGCUAUUGCGUAUUGGUUUGAUACAGGGUCAGGGAUGUAA